GUGGCAACAAUUUUUUAACAUUAUUGUAUUAUCUAACGAACUAUCCUGGUGUUAGUGUUACUAAAAAUGGGAAUGCAGUAUAGUUCAUUUGAAAAUGAGAUGUUGAUGUUUGCAAUAAGUGACCAUUUCCUUGCACGGGUUAAAUAUACCUAUUAGAUUGCGAAUCAUAACAGGUUUGCCGGCCAGUUCAACAUUCCAUAAAUGAAAUUCCUUCCUGGUGAUAUCGUGUAACUGUAUACACUUAGUGUUACUUGCAGAGUACAGAUGCGGCUAAGUAAUUUGACUAUGGCAGCCAUAACUACAGCAAAGAAAGUUUUACGCAAAGAGAUAGAAACGGCUAUUAAAGGCAUUGACAUUGAGGAGAGAAAAAAGCAGUCCAGAAAAGUCUUUGAAAAAUUACUCUCGCUUGAGCAGUAUCAAAAAAGUAAAAGAAUAUCUGUGUACUUGAGUACCGCUGAUGAAAUCGACACGGUUCCUAUAUUAAAAGAUAUAUUCGAAAAUGCCAAAGAGGCUUUUGUUCCAAGAUAUAAAGGAAAAACUAUGCAAAUGGUGAAGUUAAAUUCAAUGGAAGAUUACGAAAAGCUGCCUCUGACUAAAUGGAAUAUCAAACAACCAGGAAUCAAUGAAGUCAGAGACGACGCUCUGGAAACAGGAGGUUUGGAUCUAAUAAUUUUGCCGGGAGUAGCUUUUACAAAAGAUGGAAAAAGACUUGGCCAUGGCAUGGGGUACUACGACAAAUUUCUGGCCACUUGUAUAUCAUCCCAGUCAGCAAAACCGUAUCUAGUUGCAAUGGCAUUUAACGAGCAAUUACGAGAUGACAUUCCCACGACUGAUACGGAUGUAAUCCUGAACAUGAUACUUACAGAAAAGGAUUUUUAACUUCGACUACUAAAAAAUCUUGUUACAUCUCUGAUCAAUAAACUCACUGGUUACUAAAAACUA